AUGGAUGAUACCUUAUACACCAGUGAUGACGUUGAGAACUAUUAUCGUUUGAUCUGUCGCAGCGUAAAAAGCAGCGACAAAUGUCUUCCUCGUGCGAAGUAUAAGAAGUCCAUCAAGCCCUACUGGAAUAAUGAACUCAAGCGAUUAAAGACAGCUUGCAUGGAGCUUCAUAAGAAAUGGACCUCAAAGGACGUCCAAGAGGAGAACAGUAUGAAAGUUUUCGGUUAUACAAAGAUGCAAAGCGUCUAUUCAGGAAGGAACAACGUAAAAUGGUACGAAAAACAGAGGAGAAUGAUUUCAAAGAGCUUAGUGAGGCUUCCGAGAUCGAUCACAUCAAGUUUUGGCUCUCGAAAACAGCGAGAUGGCCAACCAAGUGGCAAUUAUUGUUAA